AUGUCACAAAGUGAAUGGCAGCAAGUGCGCACUUAUGCUGACCAUCUGGGUCACCGCGUGGUGCUCGAGCAGUACGUCACGCCAGACUACGAGCCUGACCCCGACCACAUAAUUCCCAUUCAGGUCUACAGCCUUGUACCCCUGGAUGACGACCAUAAAAAUCUCCGGCGUUACCUGAUGCAAAGUUUCUGGGAUGAUGAGGUCAAGCCUUUGUUCGAGAUUUAUUCAUACUGCCCGCCCGACGACUUUGCCUGUAUUGAGCAUAACCGUAUUGAAAUCGCCCGUCGCAAGCAACAACACCGGUCAGGGGUCGAGAAUCCACUCCCGCUGAUUCCGCGAUUCAUUCGUCCUGACGACUACUCAACCGUUGGGUUUUGUGUGCUACUGCGAUCGCAUAGCUAUCGACUGGGCUAUGUUGAGGACUCGGAUGAGCUUGCUAAGCUGGGCGAAGGCCCGGACUUGCUCUACUUCAACCGCUCGUUUUCUAGCACCCGCAGUUAUGUUGAUAAUGCGCAGCGUGAAUCCGAGGACGACGAGAGUCUCUCGUCAGAGGGAUUCGAAUUGGCCACCCAGCGCGUCACGGACCAGAUUUACAUCGGCCAGAUUCUCAUAGUCGAUAUCUUUAACGGCGUCGGUCCCCCUCCGGAGCGAUACGCCUUAGAUAUAGACGAGGGUGAGAUACCCAGCUCGGAUCUACCGUCAGAAGAGCAGAUUCGCGACCAGCUUAGCCUAGAAACUUCAGUUGGCAGCUUCUCUCUUCAUCCGGAAUUCCAGGUUUCUCGGGAUGCCAACAUUGUAACAGUCACCAAUACUCCUAAGGGCAAAACCCCCGAUAUUCAAUACCUUAUCCAUGCGCUUUUUCUCAGCUCCAUUCGCGAUACAGCAGGGCCCUCCCUCUUAGAAAGCACAGCGCGCCUAUUCACAGCGUCAAUGUUCUCCCACCUCCCGGCCAAUAAAACCCUUACUCUCAAAUUCUUCAUCCCAGAUUCCCCUUCUUUGUCAGCCAUUCGCCCCGCCCAAAAUGAGGUUCUCGAAAUUCUAUCCCGGCAAACUCAAGAAGAGGACCGAGAGAAUUCAUUCCCCAUCGGCGCCCUACACAACAUCUCUAUGGGCGACGAUCAACCCCCAGCAUCAAAACGCAUUACUCCUCAAAUACCCGAAAAACAGAUCAUCACAGGACAAGGGAGGUUCUGCGAGCUCUUUCGCCUGUUCACAGUUGUGCUCGAUCGCGCCAAGUUUGUCUCCGAGGCCGGAGUUUACUUCUACAUGGCGUACCUGGAUGGGUCCGAGAAUCCGGAUCCUUCCAUGCAAGACGCUCCCGAUGAUACGCAGGUUGUGCGGGGCGUGGACAUGAGUACGGUUGCUAGACGGUUAGGGGUGGUUGUUCUUGACGGGUAA